AUGCCCCAGGAUUUUGGCAUAUCGGUUGGCUCGCCCUACCAAUUAAAACAUAUAUUUGAUAGUCCUCACUACAAACGGGCAUCUGAAACUAAACUGGAAUUCAACCACACUCUUAGCUCUAAACGAGUAUGUGAAAAUGUAGGCUGUCCAUUGUCGGUCAUUAUACAGAAAGGAAGAUAUCAACUUUACCCGAUAAAUAAAAGGAUUUGUUCAGAAUUUGAUCCUUAUAGAGACACAAUAUUUGAGUUGUAUACACGGAAAAAUCCCCUAUCUCCACAAAUCUUGAUUCCACAAGAUGAAAUGUCAAUCAAAUCAUCGAACAUCAAUUUCAGUAACCCUACCGUCUUUUUUUCUCAUGGAUUUUUGGAAUCAUCCCGAUCAGACGACGCAGUUUACAUGAGAGACAAACAUCUGCUUCUGGGAGACUACAACAUCAUUUUAGUAAACAGUGAAAGAUUAUUGGCAGGCCCAUUUUAUGUGACAUCAGCAUUGAAUUGUUUGCCAAUUGGAAAGUAUUGUGCGAAAUUCGUAGAUUUUUUGGUGAGCUUGGGACUACAAUUAAAGAAUGUACAAAUAAUUGGACAGAGUCUUGGUGCUCACAUCGCUGGUAUCACUGGAAAAUAUAUAACUACCGGAAAAGUAUCCAGGGUAACAGGACUCGACCCAGCUGGACCUUACUUUUCUCUAGUUGGGGCAGAUGAAAAAAUUGGAAAGGAAGAUGGAUAUUUCGUAGAUAUUGUUCAUACAAAUGCUGGAGCGUUUGGUCUUAAAGAGAAUCUGGGCACUGUUGAUAUUUGGGUAAAUGGAGGAUCUCACCAGCCGGCUUGUGAUGUUUUGAAAAUAAUAAAAAGAGCACCUGGAAAUAUACCCGAACUAGUUUUCUGUAAUCACUAUCAAGCCUAUCGGAUGUACGUAAUGACCCUUGUUGAUCCAAAAAGUUAUCCAAUCACGGAAUGUUCUACUCACAAAGACUUUGAGAAAAGUUUUUGUGAUUCAAAUGGGAAAUCGUAUAUGGGAAUUGAUAUCAACCGAACGGUCAGCGGUAAUUACUUUGUGGAUACUGGUGUAACAGCUGCGGAAUUCUGAGUUAUAUUUUAAGAAAUUUCAAUUUCGUAUCCACCCUUCUUGAGUUCAUAUUUUAGGUUACAGGAAUUCAAUGUAUUCAAUUCUAGUCACAAAAGGACUUCAAUCUGUUACAACUUUUCGUUUGGAUUUUGGAGAAUCUUCUCGAAUAAAGAGUUCUUCAAUAAAGA